GCUGACGCUCUGAUGAGUCCACAGUGUUCUAGCAUCGCUCUAUGGCGCCCACAACACUGAACGUAGCGAUCCCAAGUCCCAUAGGCUACAGAAAAGGGCCUUUGAUAAUUGAAGGCCAUGUUUUGAGUUGUUUAUUAAAGCUCUGAAUAUGGAGAACACUGUGUACCAACAGCUCCAUCUCAUACGUCGUUCUUGUGACGCAUAAUUUAUGGGUUCGCUGGGUCGUGAGGAAGAAUAAGGAGAAUCUUGAGGACUCCAGCUGGAUCGAUGCACAAACUGGAUAAUCAGAUCGCGUGCAUUCCUCCUCGCUAACCGUACGGAAUUAGAGGAUGGCUGGAAUUGGGAACAGUUCAACAUCUGGCAUGGGUGACAUCAUCCAGCUGAAUGUCGGAGGAAUGAGAUUUAGCACAUCAAGGCAGACUCUGACAUGGAUUCCUGACUCUUUCUUCUCAAGUUUACUUAGUGGGAGAAUAUCAACGCUACGGGAUGAAACUGGAGCCAUAUUUAUUGACAGAGACCCAACAGCAUUUGCACCCAUUUUAAACUUCCUUCGAACUAAAGAAUUGGACUUGAGGGGGGUUAACAUAAGUAUCCUGCGACAUGAAGCUGAGUUUUAUGGUAUUACACCAUUAGUCCGCCGCUUACUGCUUUGUGAAGAACUGGAGCGAUCGUCGUGUGGAAGUGUGUUGUUUCAUGGCUACCUCCCUCCACCAGCUCUCCCAGCGAGGAGCAGUGCCGGUGGGCAAGCUGCAGUUGUUGCAGGUCCAGAGGAGCGCUCAGUCCCCGGUGGUGCAGAGGGGGGUUACACCCGUUCCUGCCCUCAGUCUUCUCUCCCCGGACCCUCUGGGGCAGAUGGACCGCAAAGACUGGGAUCACCAGUGGACCCUAGAAAGGUGCUGAUUGUCGCUGGCCAUCAUAACUGGAUUGUGGCUGCUUAUGCACAUUUUGUCAUCUGCUACAGAAUAAAGGAAUCAUCAGGCUGGCAGCAGGUGUUUUCUAGCCCUUACCUGGACUGGGCCAUUGAGCGGGUGGCCCUAAAUGCUAAAGUUGUGGGCGGCCCACAUGGAGAUAAAGACAAGAUGGUGGCAGCGUCAUCAGAGAGCAGCAUUAUUUUGUGGAGUAUCCAGGAUGGAGGGAGCGGAAGUGAAAUAGGUGUGUUCAGCCUUGGAGUACCCGUUGACUCUCUGUUUUUCAUUGGGAGUCAGCUAGUCGCCACCAGUCACACGGGGAAGGUAGGAGUGUGGAACGCCGUCACCCAGCACUGGCAGGUACAGGAUGUGGUGCCCAUCACAAGCUGUGACACUGCUGGCUCCUUUCUCUUGCUGGGCUGUAACAACGGCUCAAUUUACUAUAUUGACAUGCAGAAGUUUCCUCUGAGAAUGAAGGAUAAUGACUUGUUGGUGACAGAGCUGUACCACGACCCAUCAAAUGAUGCCAUCACAGCCCUCAGUGUCUACCUGACUCCUAAAACCAGUGUGAGUGGGAACUGGAUUGAGAUAGCUUACGGAACCAGCUCAGGGGCCGUGCGUGUCAUCGUUCAGCAUCCGGAGACCGUUGGAUCUGGUCCACAGCUCUUCCAGACCUUCACUGUCCACCGCAGCCCCGUUACUAAGAUCAUGCUCUCUGAAAAGCACUUAGUUUCAGUGUGUGCUGACAAUAAUCAUGUACGCACGUGGACGGUGACUCGGUUCAGAGGAAUGAUCUCCACUCAGCCAGGAUCUACUCCACUGGCCUCAUUUAAGAUCAUCUCACUGGAGGAGACAGAGAGCCACAGCAGCUAUUCCUCCGGCAAUGACAUCGGUCCAUUUGGAGAGCGAGACGACCAACAGGUGUUUAUUCAGAAAGUCAUUCCCAUUACCAACAAACUCUUUGUUCGUCUGUCCUCUACAGGGAAGAGGAUCUGUGAGGUGCAGGCGGUAGAUGGCACUACAAUCACGUGUUUUACAGUGCGGGAGUGUGAGGGAUCGAGCCGCAUGGGCUCCAGACCACGCCAUUACCUCUUCACUGGCCAUGCAAAUGGGAGUAUUCAGAUGUGGGAUCUCACCACCGCCAUGGACACAGUCAACAAGAGUGACGACAAGGCUAGGCGUGAGCCAGAGAUGGGAGGUCCAACUGAGGAGGAGCUGCUGAAGCUGCUUGACCAAUGUGAUUUGAGCACAUCUCGCUGUGCCACGCCCAACAUCAGCCCCGCCCCCUCUGUGCUGCAGCACAGCCGGCUGCGAGAGUCCUGCUCCAGUCUCCAGCUGCAGGCUCAGGAGCCCAUCCCUGAGACAGCCACCUACGGAGCCCUGCGGCCAUACCGAGAGAGCCCCUUGCUGGCCCGUGCUCGACGCACAGAGAGCUUCCACAGCUACAGAGACUUCCACAGCUUAAACCUGACCAAAGCCUUGCUGGAGAACCAUGGACAGUACGGAUCCACCGAGGACGAGAUACGCCAUUCUGCAGGGGAGAAUGGCGCUGAGGACGCAGACAGAAGGAACUCUACCCUGGAUCUUUGGGGGUCUAGAGCGUCCGAAACCCAGUCUGGAUCCGCACGCAAACCCCCAGACAGCCCUGGAGACCAGCGACGAAGGGUCCAUUUGAUGGAGGAGGGGGCUGCGGACUGCAGAGCGGAGGGGGGGAGGAGGAGAGGGGGAUUUGACGCUAAUUUUCUAAGCAGGAAAAAGGCACCUCCGGUUCCACAGCUGAGCCCCCCACCCGCAGCAUCUGAUGGAGGGGGCAGCGACUCGUCCAGCACCGCCUCACCCUCGCCAACUAAAGUGGCCACUUCCCCACGCCAUCGCAAAGGCCCUGACACUGCAUGUGAGUGAUGCUUUACAGAUUUGUCAUACACAGGUCAUACCAAAUACAAUAAUCUCUGACUGGGAAAAGAAGGUAGUUGAAUGGAUGAGAAGCGUUUCAGGAUGUAGAUGUGAAUGUUGAUCAUAAGGUUUGGCAGGACGGCAGCUGGCAGCAAAAAAAAAAAAAACUCGCUGUGUACAGAAUUAAAGGGAAAAUGCACCACAUAAAUGACCGCUUGUUUUUUAUUCAUGUGUCUUGUUAACUAGAAAAAUUUUAUUUUGUUCUCUCUUAUCUGCUUUUUCCAAGCUUAAAAAUUAGAUUUGCCUAAAGUUCACUGGAGCAAAUUAACAAAGAUUGACUAGAUGCAAUCAAUUAUAUUCAACUAAUAAGACUUCUGGGGCCUCAUUUAAAAAAUCUUGCAUAGAAACCAUCCUACAUUUGAUCUAAGAACAUUUCUCAAAUAUGUGUAUUUGUGAUUCAGAGAAAUGCCUCUCUUUCAGAUAUGAAAUCUAUAAAUCGCAAAUGAUCUUGAAAUUGUGCGCAGCUAAUUUCAGAUCUCUGCCUUGUAAAGCGGUAAGAAUUGCUUAGAUUUCCAAAUACCUGCAGUACUCCAACUCUCUGCCACAAAGUAAUAUGCGAACACCUGCUUAGAACCUAAUGUGGCACUAAGCACAUUUCCAUGUCAAAGACCGUUUUUAUAAAUAUGAACGUUGGCGUGGAUUUUAGUGUACGCACACUCUAAGAUCAAAUCUGUGCAUACGCACGCUUUAUAAAUGAGGCCCCAGCUUUGUACGCCUGCACUUUCACUGCAAAAUCUAAAAGAGCAAUGUGUUAGAUUUUAGUUUAUAUAUUAUAUUCCUUGUUUUUUGCUCAUUAAAGGGAUAGUCCACCUGAAAAUGAAAACAUGAAGAAAAUCAUGUCUGAUUUCAUAAUGUCUGGGCUGCUCUCUUUCAGUGAAAGCAGAUGGAGAACAUGGCUUCGCAAACUCCAAAAUGAUUAGAGAAUGUACUGUACAAUUUAUGAAAAAAGCACAAAAGUGGUCCAUACGACGUUUUAGUCAGAGCUCUGACAGAACAGAAUGAAAUUACUAUUGUAAUUUAUUUGUUAUAAACUGCUCUGAAACACGGUUAGAAGAUCCAAAUGCAGCUUUAUUAAGGGUAAUCCACAGUCAUAAUCUACAUAACAGGCAAAUGGUCAAAACCACAGGGCAAAUAAUCCAAAUAUCAAACAGACAUCCAAGACACAGGUGAAAACAGGCAGAAGAAUAGAACCAUAACACAGGAAACCAGAAUAAGCACUCAGAAAAGCAGUGGCAACACAAGAUUUCACAAAUUAUAGAGGUUAUAUAGGAAAACCUUUACAAGUUAAUGGCACACAGCUGAAGGCAAUCACACCAUAAAGAGUAGCAGGCAAUGGGUUAUGGGAAAUGAAGUUCAUGAUCAGAUAGCAUAGGAGUCCGGAGGAGUGCCCUCUGGUGGAGAUCAUGGGUGCUCCAACUGGUACUAUUGAAAGCCUUGUCUUGAUAAUCUUUGUUGACAUCCAGGUCUUCAUUUGCUUUCAUUGUAUGGAAAUGAUCUGGACACUCCACUUGUUCAUGCAGGGGUUGAAACACAUGCAGGCAGAUUUUUGGUGGACUAUUGCUUUAAUGGCUUGCUAUUCUCUUAUAAAUUAAGUUGCUUUUUUAAAAAAAAAAAAAGUAAUUUAGCAUGCUGAUGCUACUGUCCACUAACGGUACCUUCAAAACACUGUGAUGCACUUUAUUGUCUGUCUUUACAUUCAUCCCUUUAUAAAGAAAGGAUUGAAAAUAUGAACUUCAACAUGAUCAGGUUUGAAGUGCAGGUUAUGCUCCACUGCUGCUGCCGUUAAAACAGUUUGCUCUCUGUGAACUUUCAGCGUGUAUCCGCAGGGGAUUUUUACUUGCUCUAUCCAUUUUUGGGAUUUAUUCAGUGCCUUUUUUGAUUAAGAUAGGUAAUGUUGUGAGAAAGCAGAACAGAUUUAGCUUUUUUCCUGAUGUGAGGUUUAGUUGGAUUAUCCUACUUAUCAAGGCGAGGAAAGAAAAGAAGCAUGUUUAAAGACAGCUGCCAGUUUUAAAGGUAAUGUACAAAUCAAAAUAAAAAAAUACAAUUUGUACUAAUGUAUUAGCACUGUAUUUGAAAUACAAAUGUCUAAUCAACAUUUUGUGAAUAAUGUCAUUACAAAGUAUAAUUUUAUCAUUUGCUUUUCGACUUCUGUUAAUAAGAAUACAUGGUAAUGGAUUAUUUAUAUUUGACAUGGAGCUUAUUUUGCAUUGUAAAUUGAUGAGCAUGGUCACUUUUUUUUCCAGCCAUUACACUUUGUGUGCAGGUAUAUCCUGCUAGAGAGAAACAGACAGUAUAUAUAUAUAUAUAUAUAUAUCGGUGAUACAUAUCCAAUAUAGACUAUUAAUGUAGUUAUAUGUUGCUAAACGAGAUUAUUAUUUUAAUUGUAACUAAAUGGACGCCUUUAACAAAGUAUGUACUUACUUUAUAUGAAGGGAAUGAUGAGAUCUCAGUAAUGCUAUGCAAUCAGUGUAAACAUUUUGGUGACAAUAGGCCACGUAGCCUGGAAUUUAAUAAUGAAUAAAAGAAAAGCAGAAAGUUCUUAGGACAAUAGCAUGAAGCUAGAAAUAAAAAAUAAAUAAAUAAAUAAAUAAAAAUUACCCCUUGUAACAUCUGCAUGUUUAAAAGUGUCACUUCCCAAAAUUACAUCGCUCAUAAAUCUAUAAAAUCCUUUUUUUUUUUUUCUAUUGCUAUGACUGGUUUGCUGGUGUAGUGAUCUUUUUUGAUAAAACAGGCUAUGCAUACGUUUGUUUUGAUAAAUAAAUAAAUAAUUGCACUAAUUUUGUUUUGCCGUUGUCCACUAGUCCUAACUAUACAUAACUGUUGUGAGCAAUCUAAAACUAAGUCUUAGAACAUUUUACUUUAAUCAGAUUCCCAUGCCAUUUAUUUGCCAUCUGAGAUGUUUUAGUGUUUAAUUGACAAGAGUAUGAUACUUUAUGCUUGAUUUCAGAAAUACAGUCACAACCUGAUUUAUGUUUUCAGCCUGGUUACUGUACGAUUUCAUCUCCAGGCAAGAUGAGUCCUCUUCAUUUCAAUAUGCAGAUUAGAUAUGUUAUAUCUAACAAGACUGCUUUGUUUUAUCUUAUCAAGACUGUUUUAUCUUAACCUGCUGCACAGAUCAUGGUGUGGCUUCAAGAGGAAAUUACAGCUCAUGCUACAUGAAAUAUGGAAAAAAAAAUAUGUGGAAAUGGUACAGUACAUGCACUGCAGAUUGGUAGAGUACCUUCUGUACAUCUCCAGUGGCACAAUAAAGUAACCAAAUAAAACAGA